AUGUCGUACUACCGAGGAUAUGAUUAUGAGGAUGAUAGGGGGUAUGGUGGGUACGGAGAUGGCUACCGGAGCAGGUAUGAUGACUUUAGGGAACGAGAUCGCUAUGGAGGGCGACCUGACAGAGACCGUCGAGGAGGGGGAGGAGGAGGAGGACGAAGGGAUGGUGGAUAUGACAGAAGGAGUGGUGGUUAUGAAGGCAGGAGAGAUGACUUUGACAGAAGGAGAGAUGAAUAUGGCAGAAGAAGAGAGGGUUAUGGCGGAGGUGGUGGUGGAGGAGGAGGUAGAAGGGAUGGUAGUAAGUCUGGCUGGGGCGGCGGUGGUGGUGGUAGAAGGGACGACAGACGGGGAGGGUUUAGAGGUCGUGGUAGAGGAGGUAGAGAAAAUGGAGGCCGCGGGCGUGGUAACAAAAGGAGCUUUGGUGGCGGCGGCGGUAGGGGUGGCUCAGCCAAGAGACCAAGGCUAACUGAUAUCGACAACUGGGGAAAAUCUGACCGCCAUUCGAUAAUGGAGUCACAUUUUCUGGAAGCAGUCCCAAAUAAUUUCCAGGAUGAAUGGCUUUGCAUUGCCUGUCCAGCUGGCAAGAGAAGUCUACUGGUGGCUGCAAAUAACAUGACACAAUUGUACACUAAAGAGGGGCAGCCAGAUCUGAAAUUUAAGUCUUGUCUGCCAAAUGGAAGUCACCUACAAAAUGAAGUUAUGAAAUAUCAUGACUUGACCAUUCUAGACUCUGUGUACUGUCCAGAAAAGAAGAAAAUUUAUAUCCUGGAUUUGUUACACUGGAAACAUUUCCCAUACUAUGAAACUGAGGCCGAGUUCAGAACUUACUUCCUUCCACAAAAGUUUGCUUUGCUGAAAAACCCAGGGGAAGUAUCUGAGAACAAUGAGGUGAACAUUUUGCUUCAUUUCCAUGCUUUAAAAAUGAUCAGUAAUCAAGUGGAAGGCUUAUUGUUUAUCAAUAAGAAGUCAACAUACGAGUGCUCGGAUUCUCCAAACAGCUUAUUCUUGCGCCUGGAUCAGCUGGAAAAAUUCCUGGGAGUUUCUGUGCCAGAGGGUGUGACUUUUACAGAGACAAGUCCUAAUGAUGCCAGAUGGAAGGAAGAACUGGAGGAGAGGAAAAAGGUGCAGGCAGCCAGAGAGCAAGCAGCAAAAGAAGCAAAAGAGGCGAGGGAGAAAGAGAGAGAGGCAAGAGAGAAAGAGAAAGAAGCUAAAGCAGCUGAGGGCGGAGAGGAGGCUGAGGUUUCUGCUGGAGGAGAUGCUGCUCCUACAGAAGAAUAUAAUACCGAAGCAGAUUUUGUUGGGACGGAAUAUGCCUCUACAAAUGAAUAUGCAGCUGAAGGGGAAUAUGCCACUGGUGGGGGGGACUACCCUGCUGGGGGUGAGUAUGCUACCGAAGGCGAGUAUGCCACUGCUGGAGGAGAUUACACCGCUGGUGGUGGGGAGUAUGCUGCCCCCACAGAGGAAUCGUACCCUGCAGGAGGAGAGUACUCAACAGGGGAGAAUUACAGUGAAGGCUGGAGCACUGGUGGAGACAACAAUGCUUAUUCAACUUCAAAUUUCUACGGUUAA